AUGGAAAGCACUGAGUUCUGCUAUGUUUGCUGCUUAGUCCAAGAUUAUCUGAAAUAUGUUCUUCAGGAAUCACAGCUUGGACCAGCCCCAAGCAGAGUGGCUCAUGUCUUACGAAACAUUGCAUCCUCUUUGCAAAAGGAAACUGAAGAGAAUCUAAAGCCAUUCUUGGACACACUUGAAUUUUCAUCUAUAGAUGUUGCCAGAAGAAUUUUCACCCAAGUCAUGGAGCAAGAAUUUGCUGAUGGCAAUACCAACUGGGGACGGAUUUUGACAAUAUUUAUGUUUGGAGGAAUUGUCACUAAGAGGCUUCAAGAGCAUGGAGCUCAGCUUACAGGAGAAAAUAAAGAGCAGAUUUCAUAUUUCAUCACAGAAUACAUCAUGAACAACAAGGCUGAAUGGAUAGAGGCAAAUGGAGGUUGGGAAAACGGCUUCCUUGUGAAGUUUGAGGAUCAGAAAUCGUGGCUGUCCUUAUUUGACGUGAAGGUGAUUGGUCAUCCCAAGUACAAAGAGUCCCAAAGAAUUGCAGUCUUCCUGAGCAUGCAAGAUGAAAUCCAGACAGAAGACAUCAUUAAGGACAUUUUUAAGCAAGGCAAAGAGUGUUUCAUUCCACAGUACAAGCCCCAGAGCAACCACAUGGAUAUGCUAAAGUUGGCAUCAGUUGAAGAAAUUUCUUCACUUCCUGUGACAUCCUGGAAUAUCCUCCAACCCAGUGAUGAUGACAUACGGGAAGAAGCUUUGUCCAGGGGGGGUCUUGACCUCAUCCUCAUGCCAGGCCUUGGGUUCGACAAAAAUGGCAACAGACUGGGAAGAGGAAAGGGAUACUAUGACACCUACCUUGAACGAUGUAUGAAACACCCCAGAGGGAAACCUUACACCAUUGCCUUAGCUUUCAAGGAGCAGAUCUGUGAGUCAGUACCAGUGUCAGAAAAUGAUAUCCAAAUAGAUGAAGUCCUAUAUGAAGACAGCUAAGUGGCUUUUGAAACCGACUGAUCGCAGAACGACCAGCCAAAGACUUCAUGUCCUAUUGGCACAUCUUUGUCAUCAGCAUACAUGACUUUUGUGAGGGUACAAUAUGUUAUUUUUCUUCUGACCAAAAGAAAAGUCAGCAAAACAACAUUCUUGCUAAUAAGGACUGUAUUGAUCUCAUCCUAAUUACAUAAUAUCUAGUGAAAAGUCUUAUUCUGGAAUCAAUAGAAACAUGAAUGUGUGACUAUGUUUUCAUUAAAAUAAAGAUCAUUUA